AUGUACGUGAGCUCGCUCUUGGAGAAGGAGCCCAGCAUGUACCCAGGAUCUGCCAGGGCCAGCAACAACCUGCCCGUGCAGAACUUCGUGUCUGCUCCAGCCUACUCUGACUACAUGGGAUACCACCCUGUGCCAGCCCUGGACACCCACGGGCAGCCAGCACCGGCCUGGGGCUCCCACUACGGCCCCCAGCGCGAGGACUGGAGCGCCUACGGCCCAGGCCCUUCCAGCGCCGUGCCCGCUGCCCACAUCAAUGGCUCGUCCCCCGGGCAGGGCUCCUACAGCUCUGCUGAUUACAGCUCCCUGCACCCCACUGCUGCUGCUGCUGCUGCUGCUGCUGCUGCGGGGUUACCGCCUGUAGAUACAAUUAAUGCCCAGCAAAUCUCUCCCAACAGCCAAAGGCACAGCUCUUAUGAGUGGAUGAGGAAAACGGUGCAAACCAACGCUGCUGGUAAAACAAGAACAAAAGAAAAGUACCGGGUUGUUUACACAGAUCACCAGAGACUGGAAUUAGAGAAGGAAUUUCACUGCAACAGAUACAUUACAAUCAGGAGGAAGUCAGAACUCGCAGCAAACCUGGGACUCUCCGAAAGACAGGUGAAAAUCUGGUUCCAGAAUCGCCGAGCAAAAGAGAGAAAAAUGAUCAAGAAGAAAAUCUCACAGUUUGAUGGCAGCGGGGGCUCAGCUCAGAGUGACUCUGGUUCACUCAGUCCAAAUGAACUGUCAAAUUCUCUGUUCCCACCACCACAUAGAAUAAAUGGAUUACAGCCUAAUGACAUUCAUCAAGUCAUGGUUUCAGAAUGAACAGAGGGGAAAAAAACAAAACAGGAAUAAAGAAAAAGCAAGAAUGGAUUUCUUCACCAUUG